CAGUCAACUUUUAGAAUUGGGAAGCAUCUGCAGAGAGAAUUUUAUGAGACUUAUUCCUGCAAUUGAUCUCGAUGACAAUGUAACCAUUAAUGAAUUACCAGAUAUUUCAUUAUGCAUUCAAAAUUUUCUGGCAUGUUUUGAUAAUCUAGAGAAACUACACGUGGGUCCUAUAUUGGCUAACAUGAUAAUGGAAUUGUACAAGGAAGAUGUCAGUAAGAGUCCAUGGAAAAUUUUAUCAGUUCCUUCAAGAAUCACCCUAUUGAUGUGUGCAAAUGGAUUUUUGAAUAAUAUGGAACUUCUAAAAUCUAUUCCAUUAAAUAUUAUCCUUCUUGAAUAUGGACAUCAGGCCGAACAUGAUUAUCAAAUGCCGUGUAAGAUGAUAUCACAAGUGGGGAUUAGCUGUUGUGUGUGUACUGGAACAUCAGCUUGGAACAGUCUUGCAGGAUGUCCAGAAGCAGCUAUUAACAACAUAUAUCAUGCCAUUCAAGCAAACUCCUAUCAGAACUUAAUGGGUUUGAUUGUAGCUGACUGGGGAGGAAGUCCACAUCACACUUCAUUAAGUUUCAGUCUUCCUGGAGUUGUUGUAGGAGUGGGAUUGGCAUGGAAUCCUUCAGUGCAUUGGGAUUACAUAAACAGUCGUUUAACAGAAUUGAUCAACACUCAUAUAAUAUUGGAUGCUGAAAAUGUUCUUGCGCAACUGAUAUUGGAGCUAGGAAGAAUUGAAACCUAUUUACUGAGAGCGAGUCGCAAACAGGAUGAUCAUGACAUGUCCAACUUGCCUGAAGUUCAAGGAUCUAUUCUGCAUCAACUUUUAGAUGACACAGAUAAUGUCAAUUUAGAAAAUUUAUCAGUUGAUAGCUUUCAGAAAGUAAUUCGACAUGUUAAAUAUUGUCAGAGAGAACUACAGAAAUCAAAAGCAAAAUGUCAUCAGAAUGGUGAAAUUAUUUCAGAAAUUCAAUUAGCAACUGAAUUAAUGCUUUUUGCUUGCAGAAUUGGUAAACUUCUUAUUUCCAUCGGACGCAAUCCAAAUGAAACAAUGGGUUUGGCUGUUAUCAAUGUUGGAUUGGUUAAUCUUCCUCCCACCUCCAGAACAGACUUAGCUAAUAAAUUAUUGGCUUUGAUUGAGCAAUACCGAGCAGUGUGGCUGAGCAGAAAUCUACCAGUGGGUCUUCAUGCAUCCCUUCUGUUGUUUAACAACAUCUUAAACAAAUUAAUUCCAGAAGAUGUGGAAAAUUCACGAGAGAGUCACUUUUCCAUAGAUACUGCCGAUGUGUUGGACUACAACGGAUCUGUAUAGUAAAUGGACUUUUUUUCUGAUUAAUAAAUUAUUUUCGUUAUAAAAAAUAA